AUGUCUCUGCUGCUCUCUCUGCUGAUGCCCUUAGGAUGCNNNGCGCUGCUGCUGGCGCCGGCCGUGCGCGGCUGCGGGCCGGGCAGGGUGGUGGGCAGCCGCCGCCGCCCGCCCCGCAAGCUCAUCCCGCUCGCCUACAAGCAGUUCAGCCCCAACGUCCCCGAGAAGACCCUGGGGGCCAGCGGCCGCUACGAGGGCAAGAUCGCGCGUAACUCGGAGCGCUUCAAGGAGCUCACGCCCAACUACAACCCCGACAUCAUCUUCAAGGACGAGGAGAACACCGGAGCCGACCGGCUCAUGACCCAGCGCUGCAAGGACCGCUUGAACUCCCUGGCCAUCUCCGUCAUGAAUCAGUGGCCAGGGGUGAAGCUGCGGGUGACGGAGGGCUGGGACGAGGACGGGCACCAUUCGGAGGAGUCGCUUCAUUACGAGGGCCGAGCCGUGGACAUCACGACCUCGGACCGGGACCGCAACAAGUACGGCAUGCUGGCUCGCUUGGCCGUGGAGGCUGGCUUUGACUGGGUCUACUACGAGUCCAAGGCGCACAUCCACUGCUCCGUCAAGUCAGAACACUCGGCUGCUGCGAAGACAGGGGGCUGCUUCCCUGGGCGGGCGCUGGCGACGCUGGAGGACGGUGCCCAGACACCGCUGUGGGCACUGCGCCCUGGCCAGCGGGUGCUGGCAAUGGAUGGGACGGGCAGGCCCACCUACAGCGACUUCUUGGCUUUCCUGGACAAGGAGCCCCGCGCACUCACCUCCUUCCAUGUCAUCGAGACGCGGGAGCCGCCCCGGCGCCUGGCCCUGACGCCCACCCACCUGCUCUUCGUGGCCGAGAAUGCCUCGGCGCCCACCGCUCGCUUCCGCCCCACCUUUGCCAGCCACGUGCGCCCCGGACAUUUUGUGCUGGUGGCAGUGGGGGGUGGUGGCUUGCAGCCCGCCGAGGUGGUGGGGGUGCGGGACCGGAGGGACGUGGGAGCCUACGCCCCACUGACGCGCCACGGGACGCUGGUGGUGGACGGUGUGGUGGCCUCGUGCUUUGCCCUGGUGCAGGAGCAACAUCUGGCGCAGCUGGCCUUCUGGCCGCUCCGGCUCUACCACAGCCUGGUGGGGUGGCCAGGGGCGCAGGGGGACGGUGUGCACUGGUACUCGGGGCUGCUCUACCGCCUGGGCAGGCUGCUCUUGCCCCCCGACAGCUUCCACCCACUGGGGGUACCCUGGGCGGAGAGCUGA